AUUACUAGUCACUGAGAAAUCAUAUAAGAAUACAGAUACUUUUAUCCUUUACAAUGGCAUCCAGAGGAGAUAAUGUGGAGAAAUACAGGUCUUUUCUGGAUUCAGAAAAUGCGAAAGACGUUCAAUGGAGGUUUGGUGCUCCUCCAAAUUAUGAUAUUGUCAACAAACUUUUUGAAGAAGGCCAAACUAAGAUAUGGCCAGCGGGUUCUCUGGAAGAAAAAGUGCAGAACCUUGUAAAGACGUGGGAAAUGGAGAUUUUUCAUAAAGCGCGACUAGAAGACUUUAAAACGCUUGAUCCAAACAAGUUUACUAUAAGCAUCAACGGAAGGAAAGGCAUGACAAUGGGAGAGAUAAAAAAGAUCAAGGGAGCAUACAAUGCUAUGCUACAGACACAACUGCCAGAACACUAUCGUGUCUACAAUCCGGCUGAAGAAUCAGCUGAUUCAUCUCAUAUCAUUUUCACCACAGCAUUUCCUCGCGGAUUUGCACUAGAGAUUCUCCAAGUUUAUACAGGACCACCAGUGAUUGUGUACAAGUUUAGGCACUGGGGUUUUGUGGAAGGUCCUUUUAAAGGACAUGCUCCUACUGGUGAAAAAGCGGAGUUUCAAGGAAUAGCCAUCUUCGAGUUGGGUGAAGACUCAAAGAUUGUGAAAGUGGAGUUAUUCUACGACAGGGGAGAACUUAUCGGAGGUCUUAUGAAGGGUGGAAAGACUAAUGACUCCAUUAGUGAAAUUGCUUCAAGCUGCCCCAUUAUGAGAAGUACAGGAUAGUCUUUGCAGGAUAUAGAUGAUGAAUUGAUGAUAACCAGAAUAAUCAGAAAUGAUUCUACCUAAGUCAUAUACUAUGUAUUACUAAAACUGUGCAUUUUCCUUGUAUUUUCAAAGAAUUGGUGUGUUUAAUUUGCCAAAAAUAAAAUAAAAUUGUGUCUUUAUUUCAUGAAUAUAA